AUGGAGGAGGCGCUGCUCUCCACUCCCAUCAACCCCAAUAACUUCCCCGCUAAGCUGUGGCGGUUGGUGAACAGUCCCCGGUAUCGCUCGAUCCGCUGGGACGGCCGCGGCGAGGGGCUGCUGAUCGACCAGCCGCUCUUCGAGGCUGAGCUCCUCAGCCCUCCUGGAGCAGGAGCCGGAGGCGCCGGGGGUGGCGGGGCCAGCGGCGUCGGGGGCUCCGGGCCCGAGCCCGAGCUCUUCAAAACGACCAACUUCACCAGCUUCAUCCGCCAGCUCAACCUCUAUGGUUUCCGCAAGGUGGUGCUGGGUGGGUCGGGCGCAGCGGAACUCGGGGCUGGAGGUGGCGGGCCGGCGGGCGACGGGCCGCUCCACCACUUCCACAGUCCGCACUUCCGCCGGGAUCAGCCGCAGCUACUCGUGCACCUGAAGAGGCUCACUAGUGCCAACAAGGCCAAGCUGGCGGCCGGCCUGGAGGUGCCCUGCCGCCCGCCCAACCGCUUCCAGAGGCUCCUCAUCACAUCAGCCUCCGCUUCAGCCUCUUCCUCCACCUCCCCGCUGCAGCACCAGGAGCCAACGCCUCCGCCAGCUGCGGGGCGCCGGCCCGAGCCGCACGGACCAGUGGCUGUAGGACAAUUUCACCGGUCAUUCCGGCGAGAUAGUUUGUCUCCUUAUUCCUACGUAUCAACUUCAUCCCACAACCACAGUACUUUCCCUCUGAAAGGUUUAGAUCGGACCCCGAUUCCUCCUAGAACAUGGCAGAACUCCCUUGGAAUGCACCCAGGACAAGUGGAGACAUCUCCCACUUUUUCAGAUAAAGGCGUUCCAUUUCCUGUACUACAGAGAUUUCCAACUGAGGUUACCUAUACGCUCCAGCCCAGCGCCACAUCAGCACAUGUUCAACAAGGUCCUCAAACAAUGGUCAGCUCCUCCCAAAAAUAUAGUAACUACACACCCUCGGCGCAGUACUCCCAAGCCUACUAUCCAACAGCUGUGCUCCAGUGCUGCUCUCCUUCUACCCACAUGGAUGCUCUAAGUAGUUGUGUUACUCCCACUGCCUCUACCUAUGCACACUGCAACUACUUCCAGAAUCCUUCAAUGCAGUCCUCUUAUCCAGUUGAAUUUCUGCCUUCUAAUUGGUCUUGCAGUGCUACUGAUGAAAGUAAAAAGACAGAAGUAAACCUAGAGGCUGUCUUUCAGAUAGUAGAUGAGUUGCAUUCCUCCCCUAAAUUAGAGAUGGUAAAGGUGGAGCCUGUUGAAAGUCAGUGCUCAACAUCUCAGUCUAACAGAGGCCAACAUAUGCUAGCUAAUUCAAACAACAGCAAUCCAUCUUCCACAAGUCAGGCUAGCCAGCUGGAGCCACUUACUCCUGUAGGCUCAGAUAUUACGUCUUUUGUGGUUGGAACAGAACAAGCAAUUACCUGCUCUCUGCCACAGUCACCUGAGUACAUAUAUACCAUCCACACAGCUCAGCCUGUUGAAAAUACAACAAUGCAGGAAUCUGCAGCCGUCCAACAAGCUCAUGUCAAACUGAAGGAUCAGCUCAGUCAUAAUCCAUCUCCAUCUUCAGUAGUAUUUGUGCAAGAAGGUCUACCAUUUGGCACACACCAGGUGGAUGCCAGUAUAAAAUGCCAGACCAAUCCACCUGAGAAUAUCUUGCCUUCAGAACAGAUGGGAUUCCUUAUUUCAGAAAUGGGGUCUACUAGCAAGUCUAGUAAAGACACAAGUUUAUCCACUCCAGCCAGAUACAGAGAAAGAAGAAGCAACUCACAGCAAGGAAAGUCCCCUGAUCUUCAUCUGCUGGUAGACGUGGCCUGCAAGCAAGAGCACUUUCUGAAGGAGGAAGAAUUAAAAGAGUGA